ACAACAUGUCCGACUUCGACGAGUUCGAGCGGCAGCUCAACGAAAACAAACAGGAACGCGACAAAGAGAACCGUCACCGGAAACGGAGCCACAGUCGCUCGCGGAGUCGUGACAGGAAACGCCGCAGCCGGAGUCGUGACCGGCGCAACAGGGACCAGCGCAGCGUCUCACGGGAUCGCAGGAGACGCAGAUCACCGCUAAACCUCUCAGGUCCUUUGAGCCGUUCUCCACGGCACGAGAAGAAGAAGAAGGUCCGCAAGUACUGGGAUGUCCCGCCUCCAGGCUUCGAACACAUCACACCCAUGCAGUAUAAAGCCAUGCAAGCUGCGGGGCAGAUUCCAGCCACAGCUCUCUUGCCAACCAUGACCCCUGAUGGGCUGGCAGUGACACCCACUCCUGUGCCUGUGGUAGGCAGCCAGAUGACACGGCAAGCUCGGCGUCUCUAUGUGGGAAACAUCCCCUUUGGAAUUACUGAGGAAGCUAUGAUGGAUUUCUUCAAUGCACAGAUGCGGCUUGGUGGUCUUACCCAGGCGCCUGGUAACCCAGUCUUGGCUGUGCAGAUCAACCAAGACAAGAACUUUGCAUUUUUGGAGUUUCGUUCAGUGGAUGAAACAACCCAGGCUAUGGCCUUUGAUGGGAUCAUCUUUCAGGGACAGUCACUGAAGAUCAGGCGCCCCCAUGAUUAUCAGCCACUCCCUGGCAUGUCUGAAAACCCUUCUGUCUACGUGCCAGGUGUUGUGUCCACAGUGGUUCCAGACUCCGCUCACAAGCUGUUCAUUGGGGGUCUGCCAAACUACCUUAAUGACGAUCAGGUCAAAGAAUUGCUCACUUCUUUCGGGCCCUUGAAGGCUUUCAACCUAGUGAAGGACAGUGCCACUGGCCUGUCGAAAGGUUAUGCCUUCUGCGAAUACGUGGACAUCAACGUCACGGACCAGGCCAUCGCCGGCUUGAACGGCAUGCAGCUGGGCGACAAGAAGCUGUUGGUGCAGAGAGCCAGCGUGGGAGCCAAGAAUGCAACUCUGAGCACAAUAAACCAGACCCCAGUGACACUGCAGGUCCCAGGCCUGAUGAGCUCGCAGGUCCAGAUGGGCGGCCACCCCACUGAGGUGCUGUGCCUCAUGAACAUGGUGCUGCCCGAAGAGCUGCUCGAUGACGAGGAGUAUGAGGAGAUUGUCGAGGACGUGCGUGACGAGUGCAGCAAGUACGGCGUGGUGAAGUCCAUCGAGAUCCCCCGGCCCGUUGAUGGCGUCGAGGUGCCUGGCUGCGGAAAGAUCUUUGUGGAAUUCACAUCUGUCUUCGACUGUCAGAAGGCCAUGCAAGGCCUGACUGGCCGCAAGUUUGCAAACCGGGUCGUGGUGACCAAAUACUGCGACCCCGACUCCUACCAUCGCCGAGAUUUCUGGUAGUUGAACCCUGAGCCAGGCUGGGUGGGGGAGGGGGGUGUCCGAGCAAGCAGGGG